UGCCAGCAAAACAAGAAGAAGCUCAAGAAAUAGAAAACAUAAUAAUCGAGUUGUUCCUUUAUAAAUACACACUCAAAACUCGAUCGAUUUAACAUUCAAAACGAUAUUUCGUCAGAUGUUAAAAAACAAGAAAACAAACAAAUCUAUUCCUCAAGACACAACUCAAAUCAAGAAAAAACAAAAAACCGAGAUGGCUCAGAAUGGCUCUAACAGUACUGUGAAGCUGCUUGGGACAUGGUCAAGCCCAUUCGCCUUGAGGGGUCGAAUUGCUCUACACCUCAAGUCCGUAGAGUAUGAGUACAUAGAAGAAGCCGAUGUGAUGAAAUCCAAGAGCGAUCUUCUUCUUAAAUCCAACCCAAUCCACAAGAAAGUCCCUGUCCUCAUCCAUGGUGACGAGUCAAUCUGCGAGUCACUUAACAUCGUUCAGUACGUUGACGAAGCCUGGCCAUCCAAGCCUUCCAUCCUCCCUUCCAGCCCAAAAGAUCGCGCCGCUGCUCGUUUCUGGGCUCACUUCGUCGACGGAAAGUGCUUUGAGUCGAUAGAUGCGGUGGUUAGAGCGAAAGACGAUGCAGGGAGGAUGGCGGCGGCCGGAAAUCUGAUGGAGAGUCUCGCAGUGUUGGAAGAGGCGUUUCAGAAGAGCAGCAAAGGUGGAGGUUUCUUUGGAGGGGAAAGCAUUGGGUACAUUGAUAUCGUAUGUGGGGUUAUAGUUGGUCCACUUUCUGUCAUCGAGGCUUUCUCAGGUGUGAAGUUUUUGAGUCCAGAUGCAACACCGGGCUUGGUUCAGUGGGCCGAGAGAUUCAGAGCCCAUGAAGCUGUGAAACCUUACAUGCCUACCGUGAAAGAGUUCGUCGAGUUUGCUAAACAGAAGUUCAAUGUUCAGUGAAAUGACUUUUUAAAAAAGAAAAAUCUUUAACGUGUAUUUUCGCAAUGGAGACAAAUAUGUGUAUCUUAUUUAUGUUUGCCAAAAAUAUUGAUGUUUGUAAGCGUUAGUAUUUGCGAGAAUGUAAUAAUAAUUUGUUAUGCCCGAAUAUAAUAAACAUUAUCUUUGUGCUG